AUGCAGUUUAAUCUCCGACGGACACUCUCCCUGCCUUCAACCCUCUCAUUCAAGCAACAGGUCAUGUCAGAUUCUGGAGACGAGGCCGACUCGCGAACGGCCUCGUUCGGCGCCCAGCGCGCCCGCAAAAAUACUCCUUCCUCCCGAGCCCAGUCCGGCGACGACUCGCGUCCCACGAAAAAGCGCCGCCGCAACAGAUCCCGCACCGCCAGCGAUCUUAGCGAUUUCGUCCCCAAGGGCGCUUCCUUCAGCGCCGCCACGUUGGAGGUCGAUCCCGAUGAUACUUCUAGUUCCGGUUCGGACUCGGAUAGUGGCUCGGACAAGUCUGAUGCGCAAGAUGUACCCCCACCCGCCAACCCCCAUGCGGGCAGCACUGCGCCGGCGAUCAGUUGGAACCAGGGGAGAAAGACGGCCGUGAGAACGACGCUGGGGAAGCGCAAGGCGGGUUCACAAACACCUUCUCAAUCUAUACCCCAGCCUGAGCCAGAGGUGCAACCGCAAUCGCAGACCAAUGCGAGUACUGAGGAUAGUACGGUGAAUGGCACCUCUGCAAAGCAAUUCAAGGCUGUCAACGGUACAUACUGGCGCAGUCGCAGUGCUUCUGUAUCAUCCGAAGAUGAUGAUGGCUCUGAAGAAGGCGAGGUGAACUCCGGGAGCGAUUCGGAUGAUUCAGAGCUGGACUCCGAAGCCGACGACUCCCUUAUGCUCAACAUUGGCACCAAGGGAGAUGGGGCAGAUGACUAUGAUCCAGAGUCUCUGCUGAUGGAAAAUGGUACCAACGGAAAGUCGAAUGGGAAUACUGCGGUACAAACCGAGUCCAAGGAAGAGGCCUUUAAGCGAUUCUCUGAAAAGUAUCCGACUGCGCCUGUUUCUCUAAUGGACUUGCAGCAGGAUGAUAUGGAUAUCCAGGCUAAAUUCGUAUACUGGGAUCGAGACGUGAAUGCCAUUGAUCUCCAGCUUCCGGUUGGUUGUAUCGAAUGUCUUCGUCAGGGCCACAUGGCCGAAGUGUGUCCUACUAAGGAGUGUGUUCACUGUGGAGCAUGGAAUACCCACCAAAGCACGCAAUGCCCCUCAUGGCGCAGAUGCCAACGCUGCCGUGAACGAGGCCACGUCCAAGGCGAUUGCCCGUCUGCCCUCAAAAGUUCCGCCGCCGAGGUCCCCUGCGACUACUGCGGCUCCUCGACACACAUAGAGUCCGACUGUGACCACCAGUAUAGCCUCCCAGCGGGGGAAGCUCUUUCCGAGACCGUUACGGUCUCCAUUUCUUGCGCCCACUGCACAAGUGGGAACCAUCUGAUUGGAGACUGCCCCCAUCUCCCCGCAGAUCUUCGACAAAAAACUGCCUGCUUUACCCUCAAGGAUAUUGAUCCUGCCAACGUCACCAACCUGAACGUGACAGGGCCUCCCCGAAAGACCGGCCCUCCCGCACCUAGCUACCAACGUGGCAAGGGACGUCGCGGCGGCGGCGGUAGUGGUGCUCGCACACCAUCAUCAACCAGCGAAGAAGACAUGAUGCCCCGCAAAGGUGCCCGAAAGGGCCCGCCUCCAGCCCGUGGCCGAGGUCGCGGGGCGAUCAAGUUUGGUAGCGGUGUUGGCUCUUAUCAGCCACGAAACAAGCCACCGCCAUUCAGCCGUCCGAAGGGCCCGCCUCCUCGAGGUGGAGGAGGCGGUGGUGGUGGAAAUCGUGGUCGUGGUCGUGGACGCGGUGGGAAGCCUCGGGGAGGACGGCCUUGA